AUGCCCACUUCAAUUUGUGACCCAGUAUCAAGCGCAUUGCGUUUAUCUCUUAAGUCUGAAGAAUCUCAAAACUCAACAUUAUUAGAUAGCAGACUUUAUUCAUCAGCUAAAAGUGUUUUAUUAUCCAAGAUUGAAUUUGAAGAGUCUGGUGAUUAUCAAAGCAAUGUCUUAGACGGCUUAAAAUCUAAGUACGUGGUUAUUCGACCCAAGAAACCAGUGCUAGAAAGUAAAUUUCUUAAGAAAGAAAUCAAUUCAGGCAGCCAAUCUGCUGAAAGUUCUAAAAAUGGGGAAGACGGCCUUCCAAAACCUAAAAGGGUCUUUUUCCCUGUUGAAAAGGUGCAACUGGGAUGGCAGAGUGCUUGGGCUGCUGGUGCAGGCAUGCAAAAUGUGGGCAACACAUGCUACCUUAAUUCAACUUUGCAAGCAUUGUUUCAUGUGCCUGCAUUUGCUAAUUGGCUAGUGUCUGAAACAGGCCAUUCUGAAAAAUGUAAUCAGCAAGAAGCAUGUGUCAUUUGUGGUAUGCGGGCAACUCUCAUGGCUACCCAGAAGAGUGGCAGUGCACCCAUCAAACCUUGGCAAGUGUACUCUAAGCUACGUCUUAUUUGCAGACAUUUAACUCCAGGUCGCCAAGAAGAUGCUCAUGAAUUUUUAAGAUAUCUUGUCGAAGCCAUGGAGAAAUGUUACCUAUCUCGUUUUAUAAAUGCAGAUAAAUUGGAUCAGUAUAGCAAAGAAACAACUCCUUUAAAUCAAAUACUUGGUGGAUACUUAAGAUCUACAGUUCGUUGCCUAGCCUGCCAACAUUUGUCCACAACCUAUCAACAUUUCCAGGACUUGUUAUUAGAUAUAAGAAAACAUUCAACUUUAGAUGAAGCUCUAGAUUCAUUUUUUUCUAGAGAAAGAUUAGAAGAUCUUGGGUAUAAAUGUGAAGCAUGUAACAAAAAGGUAUCAGCAACCAAGCAGUUCUUUGUGGAGAGAGCACCAAUGGUACUCUGCAUUGCUCUUAAAAGAUUUUCUCUUGUUGGUGGAAAACUCUCUAAACAUGUUCAGUUUAGAAAAAAGAUUAACCUUAGCAAAUAUAUGUAUAAUAAAAGUAGCCAACAACAACUAUCCUAUAAACUAGUAAGUUUGGUGACUCACCUGGGUCCUUCUCAAAACUGUGGACACUAUACUGCAAUAGGUCAAGCACCUAACAGUAAUUAUUACCAGUUUGAUGACAGUUGUGUUAGACCACUACCACUUUCAGCUGUACUUGGUACUAAUGCUUACAUUAUGUUCUUUGAGAAGGAUAACGCUAUAGAAGAUUCCAAUGUACCAAUUGCAUCUACCUCUAAUGUAGUCUAUGGACCACAGAUCCCCGAUAAUAUUCUAAACAGGGAAAAAAGCCCCCUUAAAUUGACAUUCUAUAAGAAUGAUGAGCGAAGGCCUAUUAUUUUAAAUACAAGCAGUACUGAUUCGUCUAAACCUGAAGCUAAACCUAUUAUUUUAAAUUCGACGCUUAGUAAGUCAAUGGAAUCUAGUAAUUCCAUAUCUGAACCAUGGGUUGUUAAACAGAAUGGUGAAGUAGAAAAAGUAGUAAUAGGGCCAAAACCAUUUAAUGGUGCUGACAAAAAUUCUUUAAAAGUAGAUGAAGAGAAGAAAAUUAGUUUUGCUAUAAAGAAACAGGGUAGUGAGGAAUUCCAUCUGAAGCCAAAACUUUCGAAAAGUGAUUCUGAUAUAAAAAGUACCUGCAGCGUAGGUCCCAAGAGUGUAGAAAAAUCUUCAAUGAGUAAAUUAGUCAAACCAUUGAAAUCACCUCUGGAGAAAUUAGAAGAGCAAAUGAAUAAAGGUGAUGGAUUAAAUCAUAUUCAGAGAAAUGGGAAUUCUAAAUUGGUACCAUAUGAUUCAGAGUCCAGCAGUGAUGAACGUUGCGACAGGGUGAGUGACGAUAAGGCAAAAAAAGAAGAGUUAAAAGAGCCUUUGCGUAAACCAAAGCCGAGUCGCUGCGAGUCCCCUCAGGGUCUCAUCGUGACCACAAAAGCGAUGCAUCAUGCGUGGACAGUGUCCAAGGAGAAGAAUGGUCCGCUACUGAGCCCCAGUCUCAAUGGGGACACUAAUAAAAAGAAAGACGAUCGGCGGACGGAUGAGGAGAGCCCGAACACCAGCGUGAGCAGCAUGUCCCCGCUGAGCGACCGCAGCGAGGCGCCGCCCGCUCCCCCCACCGCGCCCGCCGCCCCGGCCGCCGCCCCCCCGCCCGCGCCCGCGCCCCCUGCGCCCACGUUGGCGGCCGCGGAUACCACGCGCCACCUGCUGGCCAGCUCGCACCGCGGCUACGGCGCGCCCGUCGCCUCCUGGAGCGGCGCGCACAGUGCCAUGUCGCGACAAGUGUUUGAAGAAAGGCGCGAUGAACGCAAACGCGCUCACGAAGCUACAGAUGAAAUGGACCGCGGUCGCAGUAAGAAAGUUAAAAAGUUCCACCAAUACAAUCGUUUCAAUAAUAAUAGGAAUGGGUAUAAUCCUUUCCAGGAUAAACAAAAUAAAUUACAUUGGGGUAAUAAUUUCAAAUACCGUAACGAUCGCCGUCCUUCACAUCAUUUUAACAAACAUCAUAGCAACAAAUAUAAAAGAUUUAACAGGUACAGCAGCGGCCACCACUACCCGCGGCACCAU